AUGUCCGCCUCAAUGACAUGUAAGCCCCAACAAGCCGGCUUCUUCAGCCGGUUUCGUCGCACCGACUCCGUCAUGGGCUCACCCACAGGCUCUGCUACGCCUUCCCUGGCGCCCUCGCUCGCAUCCUUGAGUCAGGACAACGACAACCUGGCUGCGACCAACACUCGCCUACAAAACCGCAACCAAGAGUUGAUGCAGCAGUCUGAACUCAACCAGUCGCUCUUCCAACAAACUUCUGAAGAGCUCACAGCGAAGGAGAGCGAAUUUAUGGAGCUAAAGGAGAGGUUUCGCGACAAUGCUGAAGCUACCAAUGAGACUAUCCAAGCUCUUGGACUGCAGCUCCAGACUCUAACUGAGCAAGUGGCAGACUUGCAAGACUUGCAAGACAAGGCUACAGACGCAGCACAAGACACUGCUACCGAUCGUCAUGCUCAACUAGCCGAUCUCGAAGAGCAGCAACACCAGCUCUCCCUGGAAGUCGCCCAUGUGCAAUCCCCAACCCAAGAAGACGUCGACGACUUGAUCUGGGCUAAGCUACAGGACAAGAAUAAGACCAUCCAUUUCCUGCGUUGUCGACAGGCCAAGUCUGAUAAGCGCAUCAAGAAGCUGCAGGAGCGUUUGGAGGUUGAGCAGAAUUUAGGGAGGGACUGGGUUGAGACUAUCAUGAUGGUUAAUAUGAAGGUUAGGGCGAGGGCGAAGGUGGGGGACGAUGCUGAUGCUGGGGUGUAG